ACAGCCCCUGGGACAGAGACCUCGCGCGGUGCCGCCCGGCCCGGCCCGGCUCGGAUGCCGCCAUGGGGAGCCGCUUCUCCAGCAUCCCCGCGCUGCCCCGCGGCGGCCAGGGCCGCCUGCACCGCGCCCGCCACCACCGCCUCAAAGAUUCCAUUGGUGGGUCGUUUUCAGCUUCCUCCCACCGAUGCCACCACAAGCAGAAGCACUGUCUCCCCAUCCCACAGUGUGGAACUCUGUCCAUCAGCCCUCUGCUGUUCCAUCCUCACACAAAGGGAUCCCAGAUCAUCAUGGACACAACACAGAAGGCAGUGAAGCGCCAGGCUAGCUUCUGCAAUGCCAUCACCUUCAGCAACAGGCCCAUUGUUAUCUAUGAACAAGUCAGGCUUAAGAUCACCAAAAAGCAGUGCUGCUGGAGCGGGGCCCUUCGGCUGGGCUUCACUUCCAAGGACCCAUCGAGGAUCAACCCCGACACCCUGCCGAAGUACGCCUGCCCUGAUCUGGUUUCCCAGAGCGGCUUUUGGGCCAAGGCUCUGCCCGAGGAGUUCGCAAACGAGGGGAACAUCAUUGCCUUCUGGGUGGACAAGAAGGGACGGGUGUUCUACAGGGUGAACGACUCCCCUGCCAUGCUCUUCUUCAGCGGCGUGAGGACGGCAGAGCCCCUCUGGGCCUUGAUCGAUGUCUACGGGCUCACCCGGGGCGUGCAGCUCUUAGACAGUGAAAUCAUCCCUCCCGACUGCCUGCGGCCUCGCUCCUUCACGGCCAUCCGCCGGCCCUCACUGCGGCGGGACACGGAGGACACGCGCCUCUCGGUCAGCCUGUGCGACCUCAACCUGCAGGAGGACGCCUUCCACGUGACGGCCACCACCUGCCCCAUCCCGCAGAACUCCCUCAACUCCCAGCACUCCCACCUGCUCCCGUCCCAGCUGGAGAGCGACCUCCGCUUCCACCUCCUCCGGGGACCCCACGUCAAAAUCCUGGAUGACCAGACCGUGGCCCGCCUGGAGCACGCCCGCGAGGAGAGGACUUUGGUGUUCACCAGCAGACCCCUUCGGAUCAACGAAACAAUUUUUGUCAAAAUCAACAAGUCCAACGCUGUGCGCACAGGGACGCUCUCCUACGGGGUGACGUCCUGCGACCCUGGCACCCUGCGCCCCAGCGACCUCCCCUACAACCCCGAAUCCCUGGUUGACCGAAAGGAGUUCUGGGCCAUCUGCCGAGUGCUGGUGCCCCUGCAGAGCGGAGACAUCCUGGGAUUUAUGGUGAAUUCCGAUGGUGAGCUGCACUUGAGCCACAACGGCGCCGGCGUUGGCAUGCAGGUGUGCGCGGACUGCUCCCAGCCCCUCUGGAUGUUCUUCGUUUUACACGGCGCCAUCAUGCAAAUUCGAUUGCUGGGUUCCACCACCUUAGCGGAGCGGCUGGGACUGUCGGCACCGAGCUCCCCCUCAUCCACACCCAACUCCCCCACCGUCCUCUGCAGUGGUGUCUCUGGCCCCUUGCUGUCUACGUGUGGCUCUGGCCCCCUCUGCAGCUCCAUCAGUGGCACAGGUCCCAACUCUCCAAGCAGCUUGCCUGAGUCACCCAUCUCCCCGUCCGUCUCAGGGCCCUGGGUAGAUGAAUGCACCAUCUGCUAUGAGAACGUGGUAGACACAGUCAUUUACUCCUGUGGACACAUGUGUCUCUGCUAUUCAUGUGGGCUGAAGCUCAAGAAGAUGGCCAAUGCCUGCUGCCCCAUUUGCAGACGGGCCAUCAAAGAUAUCAUCAAAACAUACCGCAGCACUUAGAGCAGCAGCAGAUGCCUGGUGGGGACUGGGCACGUGGGGAGGAGGCCGUGAGACAACACAGGCCUUGGUCUUUAUUCAUCACCCGGGAGAUUCAAAACUCAUCAACCACCACCAACCUGACCUCCUCUUCCAUGGACAACAGAUGAGACAAGCUUAGAUGCUGCUCUUCUACCCCCCAAGCAAGCCCUGCGGCUGAACUCCAGCGUCAGGGAAGUUGCAGUGGACUUCUCUCCCUUGUGGAUUUUAAACUCUAUCUCAAAAAAUGCCAGCCAGUGCAAUCAUCCCUUUCUACACCAUGCACAGCAGAGUGGAGUCUCCAUUCUUUAACAUAGACAGCAAGUGGUAAAAGGUUCAGUGCUACACAUCUCCUUCCAGAGGCACCCCACAUGCAGAGACAGCUUAGCAGAAGAGAAGAAAUGAGCAAUGUGUUUCUGUGUACAACCAGCCUGACCAGAGGAGGCUCCUUGGAAAGGAUUGAGCAAGGCAAGCAUUGACCCAGCGAGGGAGGAGCAAUGAGCACACUCAGAGCAGGGAGGCUGGGGCCAGUGCAGAAAAGAACCCAAGAGUUGUGAAGCAACACCCACCCCAUAUCU